AUGAGUCCAGUUUGGAAAGGUGACUAUUUCAGAGUGGAUCGCCUCAUCCAAGAAUCUGUGCCUCAUUCUCUUUUGUUCCCUGUGCUCAUCCCUAUUUGCACGUCAUAUAACGAUUUUUGUCCAUCCCCCACAUCAUUGACCCCACAAUUACGAAAUGCUUCAGUCAUAGCUUUCAUUACUUCUGUCCCUGGUCCCUCAGCCAGUUCCUCUUCUGCCACGGGCAACUCUACCAAUACCAAUAAUUCUACUGGCUCGCCCAACCCAUCAGUCAGCCAGAUGACGCAUGAUCAAAUAGUUGCCGAGAAUCUUAGACAAGUUGCUGAUAAUGCAAUUCCUCAACAGCGCAGAGACGCAGGAGAACCUAACAUCCCCACAGACGAACUCCUUAUCCCCACUCCUCCACAGCCCACGGGUACAGCUCUGCAACAGUGGAUUGCUGCUUUCACACAACUGUCCCCCAACUCACAAAACCAAGGCUCUGCUAUUCUCACUCCAAAAACGGUAACACAACCUAACAUCACAUCAGUUUUGAAGGUUCUCUUUGAUUCUUCGAAAGAAGCACCCUCAGGAGCCAGUCUAGACUCCACCUACAACUUUGGCAUUCACAGCUUCAUUCAAGAUCUUCUUGUCGCUGGCCAAUACUGUCCCCUUACCCUUUUCACCAAUAUCAACACCGAACACUUACAUCGUUGUAGGACUUGGAGUCCUUGUGGCCUCAUAGAGGUCUAUUUUCCAAUGCAUGUGGAAUGCUAA